AUGGCACCCCACGGCCUCCUGCUUUGCUUGCUCUCCACAACCGCCUUCUCUCUGCUGGGUGGGAGUUCGGCGUUCCUGUCACACCACCGCCUGAAGGGCAGGUUCCAGAGGGACCGCAGAAACAUCCGCCCCAACAUCAUCCUGGUGCUGACAGAUGACCAGGAUGUGGAGCUCGGUUCCAUGCAGGUGAUGAACAAGACCCGGCGCAUCAUGGAGCAGGGCGGGGCACACUUCAUCAACGCCUUCGUGACCACGCCCAUGUGCUGCCCCUCGCGCUCCUCCAUCCUCACCGGAAAGUAUGUCCACAACCACAACACCUACACCAACAACGAGAACUGCUCCUCACCCUCCUGGCAGGCGCAGCAUGAGAGCCGCACCUUCGCCGUGUACCUCAAUAGCACGGGCUACCGGACAGCUUUCUUCGGGAAGUAUCUUAACGAAUACAAUGGCUCCUAUGUGCCGCCUGGCUGGAAGGAGUGGGUCGGCCUCCUUAAAAACUCUCGUUUUUAUAACUACACACUCUGUCGGAACGGGGUGAAGGAGAAGCACGGCUUUGACUACUCCAAGGACUACCUGACGGACCUCAUCACCAAUGACAGCGUGAGCUUCUUCCGCACGUCCAAGAAGAUGUACCCACACAGGCCAGUCCUGAUGGUCAUCAGCCACGCGGCCCCCCACGGCCCAGAAGACUCCGCCCCCCAGUACUCAGGCCUCUUCCCCAACGCAUCUCAGCACAUCACACCAAGCUACAACUACGCGCCCAACCCCGACAAGCACUGGAUCAUGCGCUACACGGGGCCCAUGAAGCCCAUCCACAUGGAGUUCACCAACAUGCUGCAGCGGAAGCGUCUGCAGACCCUCAUGUCGGUGGACGACUCCAUGGAGACGAUCUACAACAUGCUGGUUGAGACAGGCGAGCUGGACAACACCUACAUUGUCUACACCGCCGACCACGGCUACCACAUCGGUCAGUUCGGCCUAGUGAAGGGCAAGUCCAUGCCAUACGAGUUUGACAUCAGGGUCCCAUUCUACGUGAGGGGCCCCAACGUGGAGGCUGGCUCACUGAAUCCCCACAUCGUCCUCAACAUCGACCUGGCCCCCACCAUCCUGGACAUCGCCGGUCUAGACAUCCCCUCGGAUAUGGAUGGGAAGUCCAUCCUCAAGCUGCUGGAUACAGAACGGCCUGUGAAUCGGUUUCACUUGAAAAAGAAGAUGAGGGUCUGGCGGGACUCCUUCCUGGUGGAGAGAGGCAAACUGCUCCACAAGAGGGACAAUGACAAGGUGGACGCUCAAGAGGAGAACUUCCUGCCCAAAUACCAGCGCGUGAAAGACCUGUGUCAGCGCGCCGAGUACCAGACGGCCUGUGAGCAGCUGGGCCAGAAGUGGCAGUGCGUGGAGGACGCCUCGGGGAAGCUGAAGCUGCAUAAGUGCAAGGGCCCCGCGCGCCUGGGGGGCAGGGCCCUCUCCAACCUGGUGCCCAAGUACUACGCGCAGGGCAGCGAGACCUGUGCCUGCGACACCGGGGACUACAAGCUCAGCCUGGCCGGCCGCAGGAAGAAGCUCUUCAAGAAGAAGUACAAGACCAGCUACGCCCGGAACCGCUCCAUCCGCUCAGUGGCCAUCGAGGCAGAUGGCGGGGUGCACCACCCAGGCCUGGACGGCACCUCCCAGCUCCGCAACCUUACCAAGCGCCACUGGCCCGGGGCCCCUGAGGAUCUGGACGACAAGGACGGCGGAGACUUCAGUGGCACCGGAGGCCUUCCAGACUACUCGGCCCCCAACCCCAUUAAAGUGACACACCGGUGCUACAUCCUCGAGAACGACACGGUCCAGUGCGACCUGGACCUGUACAAGUCCCUGCAGGCCUGGAAAGAUCACAAGCUGCACAUAGAUCACGAGAUCGAAACCCUGCAGAACAAAAUCAAGAACCUGAGGGAAGUCCGAGGUCACCUGAAGAAAAAGAGGCCAGAAGAAUGUGACUGUCACAAAAUCAGUUACCACCCCGCGCACAAAGGCCGCCUCAAGCACAAAGGCUCCAGUCUGCAUCCUUUCCGGAAGGGCCUGCAGGAGAAGGACAAGGUGUGGCUGCUGCGGGAGCAGAAGCGCAAGAAGAAGCUUCGCAAGCUGCUCAAGCGUCUGCAGAACAACGACACGUGCAGCAUGCCGGGCCUCACGUGCUUCACCCACGACAACCAGCACUGGCAGACGGCGCCCCUCUGGACACUGGGGCCCUUCUGCGCCUGCACCAGCGCCAACAACAACACCUACUGGUGCAUGAGGACCAUCAACGAGACCCACAAUUUCCUCUUCUGCGAAUUCGCCACCGGCUUCCUGGAGUACUUUGACCUCAACACAGACCCCUACCAGUUGAUGAAUGCGGUGAAUACACUGGACAGGGAGGUCCUCAACCAGCUCCACGUGCAGCUCAUGGAGCUGAGGAGCUGCAAGGGUUACAAGCAGUGUAACCCCCGGACUCGGAACAUGGACCUGGGACUUAAAGAUGGAGGAAGCUACGAGCAAUACAGGCAGUUUCAGCGUCGAAAAUGGCCAGACAUGAAGAGACCUUCUUCCAAAUCGCUGGGGCAGCUGUGGGAAGGCUGGGAAGGCUAG